AUGAUAGGAAUUAAGAAUGAAGUGAGCAAUAAUGGUAAGCAUAAAAGAAAGUUCAAUGGAGAGAAUAAAGACCGUUUUCACAAUAAAUAUAAUAAAUCAAAUAAAAGGAACAGCAUUGGAAAUGGCGGAAAGAAAAAUGGAGAAGUAGAAGGGGGCGGGGGAGGAACCCCUUCCUACAAGGAAAAUAGCAAAUACAUAUUUGAAGGAAGUGUGAAAAUAAAAAACAAGAGCAACCACAUUUUUUACAACAAGGCCCAGGUGUUUAAUCGUGACAUGAGCAUUAUUUUGAUAAAAGCGUUAGAAAUAUAUCUGAAAAAUAAAAAUAAGGACAACGGAAAAAUUGUGUUCAGGGGAUUUAACAUCAUCGAGUUGUUAAGUGCAAGCGGAAUAAGAAGUAUAAGGUAUGUGAAGGAAUUACAAGAAACCAUAAACCAUAUCAUUACAAAUGACAUUGACAAAUAUGCCUGUAAACAGAUAAGGAGAAACUUUAAAAGAAAUAAUAUUAAUAAGGAGAAGUAUACAAUUCUGUGUAAUGAUGCAAAUAGCGUUAUGAACAUCCUUAAUGUGGACAAUAUUUAUUCGAAAAAAAGAAACACGAAAAAGUUGGACAUUGGUUUUACCUACAUGAACAGUAUUACGGAUCAUAACGACUACUUUAAGGAAGCGUUUAAGUUUUUAAAAUAUAUAACGAAUUACAAUAGAGGCAACAGCGAGGUUAAGGAAGAAAUCAGUACUGAUAAUUGUGCACAUCAUAAUAAUGGUAUUAAACAUGGCAACAACGGUAGGACUGACAUAAGCACGAAGAAUAAACCUAUUGAGGAUGACCAUUUAGAGGACAGUGACUCCACUGCUUUCUCCAGCAAUGAGGAAUCCUUCACUAAAAUUGAUAUGCUGGACGAGGCGGACAACGAAACGAUAUACGCGAAAAGGGCAAGCACAGCAGAAGCGGGGAAUGGACCCUUCAAGGGGGCAAUAAACGGUGGAACAAAACACACUGAGAGGAACCCCUUGGGGGCCACACAAAACGAAGGCGAGAAAACCCCCAUCAGCGAAAGCACGAUGGAUGAAAUAAUCCAAAAAAGCAAACUCACAGAAAAGUACAUGUUCGAUAUAAUCGACAUAGACCCAUACGGAUCGUCCAUAGAGUACCUGGAAAGCUGCCUAAAAUACGGAAGAAGCAAUUUCUUCAUAUUAAUAACCAAUACAGACAUGAGGGUAUUGAAUGGAAAAUUCCCAGACGUUUCUUUUUACAAAUAUAACAGCAUGAUAUUUAGCAAGAGAGUUCAUUACAAUAAGGAGUAUAGCAUAAGAGUGUUGUUUUACAAAAUAAAAACCAUCGCCUCGAAGUAUAAGAAGUGCGUUAUUCCAUUUUCCUCCCUUAACAUUGACUUUUACAUUCGCAUAUUAGUACAAGUCAUAGAUGAUACUUUACAGACAAAGGACCUCUGCACCGAUACUGGGAUGGUUUAUCAGUGCAACAAUUGUUCCAGCUUUCAUAUCAACCCCUUGGCAUUGAAAAAGGAUAGGAAUCUGUCAGUAGCGGAUAAUAAGGGAUACAACAAAAAGUGGAGACAGAACAAGCAUAAGGAUGGGGCAUUUCUAAACAGCGAGGGGGAGAAGGAGAACGUCCACAAUGCAGAAGAUAUUCCACAUGCACAGUUAGACAAUUUGAAUGGUGCUAAUAUGCAUGUUCAUGAAAAGGAAAAAAUCACACGUGGAAACAUUGCGGAUGAAGCAACUGAUGGGGAUACGGCAGAAAAUGUAGAAGACGGAUUUAAUACAGUUGAUAAGGUACCAUAUGAUAACGUCGUAGAGAAUGAAGAUAAUUUUGAACGACUGACAAAUGGGGAGGACGCAGGCAAUAUGGAAAAUACUGUGCAUAGCGAACACACACAGAAUACGGCUACUGAUGUGACUGGAGGACCAUCUCCAAAGGGCCAACCAGCGCAGAGCAAUCCCGCCAUUGGGAAUAAAUACAAAAGCGCAAAAUUAACCAUUUCCAACAAGUGUGUAGAGUGCGGAGGAGAAAUGCUGAUAGGUGGCCCCAUCUACAUCGGGAAGUUACACAAUGUUGAAUUUAUCCACACGUGUAUAUCAUUACUGGAAAAUUUACAAGACUACAAUUUAAACACCAUCACAUCGAGGGAUAGAAUAUUAAUAAAUUUUCGGUGCCUUAAGCAAGAAAUAAAUAUUCCAUUGUAUUAUAAUUUGCCAGACCUAUUUAGAAAUUUUAGACUAUGCUCCAUCUCUAGAAAGCUGUUUGUAAAUGCGUUGCUAAAUUUGAAUUAUGAAGUUUCUUAUUUUCACAAGGAUCCAGAUAGUGUCAAGACAAAUGCUCCUAACAAUGUCUUUAUGGACAUUUUUCGUGCCAUUAUUUAUAAAGUAAAUUCGAAGAAGAGAAAUCACGAUGCUGCGGGAUCGAAGGAGGAAAUGAAUGACCUAAACAACAAGAAAAACGAAACAACGGAAGGAAGCCCCAAAAAAGUAUAUUCCAUAAAUACCAUAAAGGAUGAAAAAUUGAGGGAAAAAUUAUUGUCAUAUGAAUUUUUUAAAAAAAAUUCGACCAUUGACAAUAUCGAUAUUUCUGUUAAUAAUAAAGAGAAUACUGAUCAUGUGAAAUUGUUCACUUUGCUGAACCCCGAGCCUUUUUGGGGCCCCAUGAAGAAGCACUAUGAGAAGAACUGA